UAGACAGAUGGGCUUGUCCGCUCCUGUAUGUCGUGAUUAAGUUUUCACUAAAAACACCAAAAUACAUCAUCAGUAAUUUAAGUACAGAAUAAAUUACACGAAUAUGUGGUUCUUUUUUAGGACUUUUGUUUGCUUUUGAAAAUCACAAUCUAUAUUACUUUACCUCAAAUGACAUUUUCUCGGCUUCUGUUUAAAAAUGAUGUUUACCUGUUGGCAAGAAAUUUUAAUUUGAAAAAAAAAAACAUUACUUAUCUGAGUGUAGAUUGUUCAUGCUAUUUAGAGCGGACCUUUGUCCUCUUGUUCAAGUUUGGACAACGCUUUAUGAAGUUUUCAGACCCAGUGCAAUCUUAUCAAGAGAAAUUGUCGAGUCAAGCCAGGCGAAGAUAUUUUGAGAUAACGUGAGAAUCGCCAUUUUCGUCGUCCUUUUGUAAAGUCUCUGUGACAAAACAAUCAUCUACUGGAAGCUAAAAGCUUGGAUUAGGGUCGAAACUGUCAGAGUAGAUAAAGGCCUCAGGAAGCGUUUGGGAUUAAGUGUCAGCUAUUUCAUUUGCACCUCAAAAAAAGCGUCUUUCAGCUCUAGCAGUAGGGUGGAGUUUAUUUCUCUAAGUUUUAAACCUCAUUUGGGAUCAAAGGUACCGAAAGGCCAUUUAAUCGACAAAAUUCCAAAUUUUAGGUUUUCUUUUCCUAUUAUAUAUGCUAACAUUUACUCGCUGAAGAUCACUGUUGAAUCAACAUUGAGGAAAAAAACUUAUUUAGCCAGUCGAUUCCGAAUACGAGUUUAAACUAUUUGUGACUAGUAAUAAACCUUGGGUUGUUUACAGCCAAUUACAUCGGUCUAGAUGUGUCAGUGUAAUUCGUCGAACUAUCCACAAAGCGUCGGAUCUCUCUUUGGUGAAUAUCCCUGCUAAGAUUAUUCUGUACAUCAGCUGCAGUUACAAAGUUCAAGAGUCGAGCAAACAGAGACAUAUCGAGUUUAUCACGUAUUUUCAUUACAGAAAUAUUUCGAAGCUCUGAAAACAGUCUCGGAUACUAUGGGUGGUUCAAAUAUGACAAACAAUAACACUUUUGAAAAUGGUACAUCGAGACCUGAUUUGCUCUGCUCAUCCACAAGUCCUGACACGGAUUUAACAAAAGCUUGGAAGACAAUUUCUUACUGCGUUAUCAUCCUUGCAUCUCUCUUUGGAAAUACAUUGGUUAUACUGGUGGUGUACAAGAAAAGACGAAUGAGGACAACAACAAAUUUCAUUAUAGUAAACAUGGCUGUAAGUGACAUGUUCUUUGCGGUCUUCACAACUCCUCCAUCCAUUCGAACAAUUUACGUAGGAGAUUAUUUGUUGGUUCGUGGGAUAACAGCUGACCUGAUUUGCAAGCUUGUCACCUUCAUACAGCAAGUCUCGCUAGCAGUUUCCAUAUUAUCUCUUACCGCUAUCGCCUUUGACCGUUUCUUCGCCAUCCUGUUUCCAUUUCGAAAAAUCAUCAACCGCCGGACAACAAAAGUCCUCGUCGCUCUUACUUGGCUGAUAGGCGCCGUGUUCACAGCUCCUGUUCUGUAUGCUAACAGGACUGUCGUGGAAGACGGAAGCGACAAACUUACUUGUAAGGAAGUCUGGGAGCCUCUUUUCAACAGCAGCAAAGCUAGGAGUGAUUACACUUUCGUCCAGUUCGGCUUUCUUUACGCAGGACCACUCACAGUUAUAGCGGUACUUUACACGGCAAUCGUUAUCGAGUUAUGGCGAGGGAAUUCCGUCAAAUUUCGCGCAAAGGCCAACUAUCAAGAAGUCGAGAAAUCAAAUAAGAAAGUGCUUAAAAUGCUUGUCACGGUAAUUGUAGUUUUCGCUCUUUUUUGGCUCCCGAUAUACAUAUUUCAAUUCCUAGUUUAUACUGGUAAUGAGGGAUGCUCUGUCCGUGGAGUGAUUCAAUUUAUUGGGUAUUUUCUUUGCCAAGCCACAAGCGCUGUUAAUCCGUUCAUCUACGCAAUCUAUAGCGAGAAUUAUCGUAGUGGUUUUAGAGCUGUCUUACACAACUUAAUUUAUUGUCAAGGAAGAAAGCUCUUCCACAGAGAGUCUUCGAGAGGAGAAAGUUUAAGUGGCCGACGUGAAAAAAAGGUAGAGUUGUACUUUCUGUAAUAUAUUUGACUUAAUGAUUGUUUUUUACUGGCCGAGGAGUCUUUCUCAAAAUCUUUUUUUCCCCUCCGCGUUAUUAAUUUUCCCUAAAAACUGUCAGAUUGUACCGACAUAAGUGAACCAAAUAAUUAUUCUAUUUAUCAUAAUGUGUCGGCCUAUCUUAUAUGUUGUAGACGUUUGCGGUGACUUCGUUUCUUUUUUCUAGAGUGAUUCUUUUUCACAUACACUAGAGUUAACUGGUCGAAGCCACUCUUAACAUUGAUGUAAGCCGGCUUUAAAAGCAUACUCGCUCGUUUGUUUGAUUGAAUAUAAAGUUAUAUCCCAUUCAUAUCCAGCUGCUAAAAGAUUUCUUGAAGGAUUAAAUAUUCAGGGGUCUACUUCAGGCACAUCAAGAUUUAACAAACACAAGUUGGCAGUAAAACAUAUUAAACUCGCAAUGGUGUGGACAAAUGAUUGAUAAAUAUUUAACCAGGCUGCACAAAAUAACUCCCAA